ACACCAUUUGUCUAUCGACGCCUCAAUUACCCAUAAUGCGACUGUGAGCAUGCAAAAUAUCCUCGAGACCCAAGUCAGCGACCUGUCGAGCCUAGUCGACUCUCCCCUCCCGCUCCCACUCGUCGCCAGUUACGCCAUGGCAGAUCGACGGGGCUCUGACAGUGCGGAAAGCCUAGCGCGGGACCAAGGAAAGCGGAAAAGCGACGACCUGGGGCCCCAGAAUGGUGGGCAACCUAGAGCAAAACGGAAUCGCUAUAUUUCAAUCGCAUGCAACGAAUGCAAGCGACGGAAAAUCAAAUGCAAUGGAAACUCACCUUGCCAACGGUGUGGGAACCUCAACCUCGAAUGCCAGUAUGCGCCUAACUGCUGCGCGAAUGGGUUCAAGGACUCGGAGGAGUUCAAACAGAUGAAUGCGCAUCUCUCGAGUCUGCAGCAACAGAUCGAUAACCUAUACGCGAACCUCAAUGCGUUGCGCAGUGGUGGUAUCGGCCCCAAUAAAGGGUCGAUGACUGGGUCGAUGAGCCAGAGGAGCAUCCGGAGUACGAGCCCGGCCUUGACGUAUCGCCCUCCUCCUAAACAUCCCCGAUUCCAAGGACCGACAAGCUCGGCAUUCAGUUUUGAUGUCGCAAAGAACACUCUACAAAAUAUGGGAUACCCGGGUCUAGAAGGCGGAGAAGAUGGGAAUGGGAUGCAGGACGAUACACCUGCAGGGUCUCCGCCAAUGGCACAGGCCGUUUUGCCAUCGCAUCCGUUUAAAGAUCCGUUGUGGUUGAUAACAAAAGAGGAGGCACUACGGCUAUGCGUGGUGUACGAAGAUGAGAUAUGCAUCAUGUAUCCAUUCCUGGACAUGAAUUGGGUUGCGCAAGUUGCUAAUACCCAGUAUCGGUUCAUGGAAGAGGGCUCUCCGAAGAAUGGGCAGAACCCCAAUACCGAGUCGCCGAGCCCUGUUGCAGAGCAAGAUUUGAAUAUUUUGAAGAUGGUACUGGGUAUAGCGUCUGCCGUUGAAUGCUCAGGCCAGAGCGAGCUUGCCAAUCGGAUAUAUGAGAACACAAAACAUGCUUCAGAUAAUAUUCUGCAUGCUGAGGGGGUUUCAAUUAAGGAUAUACCCUUGGUAGUGCUUGUGGCAACUUAUCACUUCCACUGUGAUGAAGAGGCUCUUGCCUGGCGUGUAAUUGGACAAGCCUCCAGAAUGUGUGUUGAGCUUGGGCUGCAUCGUCGAGACUCUUUGUUCAAGAAUUUCCCAGAUGAAGAAGGCCGUGCAAAUGCCGUCCGGCUGUUCUGGUCAAUCUACUGCCUCGAUCGGCGAUGGAGUUUUGGUACAGGCAUGCCAUUCGCUAUGCAAGAUGCGGAUAUUGACCCAAGCAUACCUGGGCCCGAAGUCAAGAUCCCUUAUCUCAGUGUCAUGAUCUCAUAUUCCCGUAUUGGGUCCCGUGUCUGGCGGUCCGUGGCAGGUUUCAACACCCUUGCCCCGACAGAAAUCAAGAAGGAAGACAUCGGCUACCUCGAUUACCAGAUUUUACAGUGGCAGAAGGCCAUCCCCCCCGAGCUGCAACUCCCCACAAACAGUUCACCGCAAUCUGUAAGUCGAGCAAUGCAUCGCCUGCAGGUCCUCCUAUACGUACGUUGCAACCAGAUGCGCAUCCUGAUCUACCGCCCCGUCCUGCACUCGGCAAACUCGAUAAUGGAGAACCUGUCGUAUGCGCAGACGGUUGUUGAACUGGCGAAAGAUAGCAUUCGCGCCCUUACCCACCUAAACCAAACGACGGAUAUCUACCGCGCACAGCAACAGUGCUUCAACUACUUCCUCAUCUCCGCACUAGCCGUCAUCUUCCUCGCCUCUUGUCAUGCCCCUGUGCAGUUCAGCGCCGUCUGCAAGGAGGAAUUCUACAUGGCACUCGAGCUCGUCCGCGGCUUCAGCUCAAAAUCAUACGUAUCCAAGCGCCUCUGGCGCACCAUCAAGGGUCUCAAAGAAGUAGGCCCAAAACUAGGACUGGAGCAGGAACACGCACCUGUCGCCAGAGGAGGGUCGCUAGACGAUCCCCAUUCUAGCGCCGCGCUAGCUAUGGCCGGAUUGGCUGGCCAUGAGAUCUCUGGUAUGCAUGGGUUUAUGAGCCAAAGUAAUGGAGGAAACGGACACUCGGUGUCUGCGGUUGGGAAUAGUCCUAUCAAUGGGUUUCAAAUGAGUCAUGAGAUGACGAAUCUUUUUGAAGCAGCGCUGGGGGCGGGGACGGGUCUUCAUGGUGGGUAUACUGGGUCUGGUCAGAUGGAUGAUGGAGGGGUUAGCAGUGGAGAGAAUAUGGUUGGGAUGGCGGGGGGAGCAAACGCUUUUGGGGGCGAGGAUGAGCUCUACAGACAGCUCAGAGAUCUGUUUUAAUUAUCACUGGCGGAUUUGAAUAGGGUGGAAGGGCAACAUGGAAAAUUUUCAUUACAUAGCUUAUACCAGCUCGGAAGGCGGUUGGGCGUCACCAGUACAUAGGGUAAAUAAUUUAUGAUACCACAUUUAUGAAUAUUUAUUUGUGUAGGUGUUUGAGCGUUUUAUAAAAACUGUGCUGGGUAAUAGUAAUGGUAUUUAUACAAUAAAGGC